GAGUAUAAAAAGGCGAGUACGACGGAGACGACGACUGUUCUUCGCCCUAAAGAUCAAAACUUCGCUGAAACGAAGAUCGACUCUGUACUCGCCACCAGUCAUCACUCUCUUCUUCCCUCCUCAUGUUUAGUUUAAAGGGUGAAGCAAAGCUUCAUUGAAUGGAGAUUGAUCUCGAAAUGUCGUCAGGAGAAUGUGAUGAUGAUCAAAGGAUCAACGAAGGUUUAGAGUUUGAAUCCAAAGAGGAAGCCUUUGAGUUCUACAAAGGGUACGCUAAAUUUAUCGGUUUCAACACCAUUAUAAAAGCUAGCCGCCGUUCAAGAAUGAGUGGGAAGUUCAUCGACGCCAAGUUCGUUUGUACACGUUACGGAACCAAGAAAACAGAUGAAGCAGAAGAAGAAGAAGACAUAAACAUCCCUCAAGCGAGAAAACGCGGUAGAAGAACAAACCUUUCUUCCUCCAAAACAGAUUGUAAAGCCUGCUUACACGUCAAGAAAAGACAAGAUGGGAGGUGGGUGAUUCGCGCUUUGGUCAAAGAACAUAACCACGAGACCUUCCCCUCUGGUCAAACCACUUCCAUAAGAGAGUCUUGUGGACGUGGAAAGGAGAUGAAAAGCAGCAGAAAGUUUCAAGCUUUGGAGGGUGGAGACGUUGAGAGACUCCUAAGCUUCUUUACUGAUAUGCAAGCUGAGAAUCCUUUCUUCUUCUACGCCGUUGAUCAGACUCUAAGAAGCGUCUUUUGGGUUGACGCAAAGGGGAGAUUGGACUAUGCUUGUUUCUCUGAUGUUGUGUCUAUAGACACUACGUUCGUCAAGAACGAGUAUAAGCUUCCUCUUGUGGCGUUUAUUGGAGUUAACCACCAUGGACAGUGGUUGUUACUUGGUUGUGGACUGUUGUUAGACGAUGAGUCUACUAAAUCUGGAUUCGUUUGGCUUUUUAAGUCAUGGUUAAAGGCGAUGAACGGACGUCAACCUAGAGUUAUACUCACCAAACACGACCAGACCCUCAAAGAAGCUGUCUCUGAAGCUUUGCCAGCGUCUAGACAUUGUUUUAACAUGUAUGAUACUCUUGGUCAGAUGUCUGAGAAGGUUGGUCAAGGCUUUGUAGAUGAGAUAAACGAAGCUAUUUACGGUUCUUGCAAGGGAGAUGAGUUUGAAGAGAGAUGGUGUGAGGUGGUUGAUAGGUUUGGUGUGAGAGACAAUGAUUGGCUCCGUUCUCUGUAUGAAGAUAGAGAGCAUUGGGUUCCUGUGUAUAUGCAAGAUGUUUCUCUGGCGGGGAUGUGUAGUGCAGAUUCUGUUUUGGAUAAGUAUAUUCAAAGGAAAACCACUUUGAGAGCGUUUCUUGAUCAGUACAAGAGGAUGGUACAAGAGAGAGUUGAAGAGGAAGAGAAGGCUGAGAUUGAGACGUUGUGUAAACAGCCUGGGUUGAAGUCUCCUUCACCGUUUGGGAAGCAGAUGGCUGAGCUGUACACGCGCGAGAUGUUCAAGAGGUUUCAGGUUGAGGUGUUGGGAGGUGUUGCUUGUCAUCCGAAGAUAGAAAGCGACGAGGGUAACAACAAGAAGAUGACUUUCAGGGUUCAAGACUAUGAGCAGAACCGUGCGUUCGUUGUGGUGUGGAGCUCUGAAUCAUCUGAAGUUGUCUGUUCGUGUAGAUUGUUUGAGUUCAAAGGGUUUCUUUGUAGACACGCGAUGAUUGUUCUGCAGAUGUCUGGAGAACUUAGUGUUCCUUCUCGGUAUGUGUUGAAGCGUUGGAGAAAAGAUGCGAGAAGGAGAGAAGCUGUUGAGUCUGAUCUGAUGUGUGGAGAUUUAACUAAAGCUCAGCGGUAUAAGGAUCUUUGUCUCCGGUCUUUGAAGUUGAGUGAGGAAGCAUCUUUAUCUGAAGAGAGUUAUAACGCUGUGAUGAAUGUGUUGAAUGAAGCUUUUAGAAAGUGUGAGAUCACAAGUAACGUGAUCCACAUUGUUGAAGAGUCAGACUCUGAUGUAGCUCAUGAAGAACAUAACAACAACAACUCUUUUAAUGAGAAUGUGGCUGACACAGGACAGGAACAUUCAUUACAUGAAGCCUGGAAAGAAACUGCUUUGCAAGAACAAAGACACCGUUACUCGAUUCUUGACGACUACCUCAGCGCUCAACAAAUGUCACAUGAAAUGGGACAAAUAAGCAUGAUGGCCUCAAACCGAAAUGGAUAUUCUACUUCCCAUCAAAACAUACACUCACUGAUCCUUUUAUUAUAUCUCAUUGCAGGGACAAUCCAUAACACAGCAAAGGCUUUAUGAAACUGAUCAAUUAAGUUUCAGACCAGAUCAAGUUAUGUAUGAAAGACUUCAGGACAUGGUAAAAGACUUGAACUAGACCUUUUGAAGCUAUCUCGGAUUUUCUUGCGCUUCUCUUUUUUUUUUUUUUCACAAAAGAGUUUUUGUUUAUUCAUGAAUGUUAGGGACAGACAAGUUUUAGACAUCAUCCUCAGCAACAUUGCGAGUCUUCAAAACAUCAACAAUCCAACAAGAAUGUAUCUCUCUGAGUUACUUGUCCGUUUAAGCAGGAGAGUUUAACAUUUUAAUAUAUUUGAUUUAAGUUUUGAUGGAAAAAAAAUUGAAUGUUUGUGUACAGACAAGUGGUACAGCUAAAAAACUUGUUAGCGGUGGUAAAAUGUUUCCUUCUUACGAGU